ACGCGAGUGCCAAAAAGUUUUUGUCAACUUUUGCGCAGAGACCGCAACUGAUCGUUUUUAUAUUUUAAUUAAUUCGUGUCGGACGAUUGGAGAGACCUUGAAAAAUUCCUAAGGUCCCGAAAAGGUAAUGAUACUACGGCUCUGCUAGCACAUGACGUGGCGGGCGGACUGUCAGGGCCACCCGAUAAGUGGUCGCGCGCGCAUCUGUCUCAGCAGUUUCAAUCAGUCCGCGAGCACAAAUCACUUAUCGGCAUAUAGGCGACAACAGUCGCGCGAACAUGCGUUUCGUGCCGCUUUGAUUGCCGAACAGGGACAGCUCGUUUGUCGCCAGUCCGUCCGCAGUUCAAGGAGCGAGGAUAUGGAUCCAGAGAAUGUGGGCAAGGAGACUAUCUUGAAAGUAACAGACUGGUUACGUGGGAUCUGGGAAAUGAGACGACGUGCUGGACCAGUUCAACAAUGGAUUGACUCAAUACCAUUGCCUGCAAAAUCAGAUGUUGCUGUUGCAAGGGAGUGCCAAGAAUAUAUGCCAAGCAAACCAUUAACACCAACAGAGCCUAAGGACAUUCCAUUCACGAAGGAAUCGAAGCCUCCAAGUAUGACCGUAUCGGCACCUAUUAACGUUCCUAAUUCGCCAGCAAUGAGUGUACCUGUAUUACCAAGUUCGCUGCCGCACAGACUGGCUCGAGAUGCGAGCUUUCAAUCGGACAGCAGUCACUGCAGUAGCGUCGAGAGCCUAUUAGAAUUACGAAGGGCGGAUCCGACAGCGAUCUUGCUCGACCUCGGCUUCGGCGGUUGUACCGCCAGUCCGCAGGAAAACGGCCCACUUUCUCGCAUUCCUAAGAGGUUCCUACAGCCGUCGUCGUUAAAAGGCAUAGCCAUCGACGAUUUCGUUAAGCAGCAACAACAGACCAGCGAGUCUUUCGACUCGGUAUCCUUAGGAUAUAGAGGCCUAACGGGAUCACCGUAUGUAGCCCCGUCGGAAAUUGUGCAAAAGAUCAUGGAACGUUUGCGAGAGCACGACAAUCAUGAAGUGGAUACGAGUUCGUACAAUUGCUGCGAGCAAAACAGCCCGUUGCAACAAAAUGGAAGAUUAUCCGUUCUGUCUCCCGAUAACAGACAAUUCUUGGAACAGCCACGUUCCAAAAGUCCCGACAUGCGCAAUAAACGUAUGAUAAUAGGCCAAAAGUCGUUUGUCUUCGGAUGCGACGGCAACUUAAUCGAGAUAUCUUCCAGCGAUACGAAACUUGCGUCUGUCGACAGGAUAGAUAAUUAUAGCGUUACGUUAGACGCUGACGAUUCCAUAGAGUCAAAACAAUCAUCUCCGGAAGAAAGGGUAUUGUUCGAGCAUUCGUAUUUCUCGGAUAAUGACAAACAAUUAGUGAGACAAUUGUCGUUUAACGAUACUGUCGAAUUUCCUGAGCCUGAUCAAUCAAAAGAUGAUGAGGCAUCUUCGUCGAGUAGUUCGGAUAUUGCUCAAAGUGGCACAAACAUAGAUAAUAACGAGCGAGAGCGAAAUGUAGCGGAGACACCUUCUAGAUAUGAGAGAUAUGAGUUUCCGCGACACUGUCCUGAUAUUCGAAGAGCCAGCGAGGGUUCGUGCAACACCAAGUCCUUGGAGGACAAAAUGUUUGACGAGGGACGUAGAUUUAGCGAUGGCGCGGUGCACAUCGCUGAAGAUAAGCGCAGUGAAUGCACGUUAUUGCAAAAAAGAAAGAGUCUCAAAAGACAAUCUAGAGUAUGCGACACAACGGCGAUGCAGUAUUGCAGCCUAAGUCCUAUCAAAUCUAGCAUAGCAGACGCAAUACUCGAAUCUAAUGUAGAUAAUGAGGAAGAGAUAUCGUAUGACGUAACUGAUAUUAAUAUACACCAAUUAAGCGCACCAAAGUCGUUCCAGUUGACUGAAAGUAAAGGUGAUCCGGAGUUGAAGACGGACGCGGAGUCUUGUCUCGGUAAUCCCGACUAUACGUCUUCGCCAUGGAAAAGUAGCGAUUCUAUCAAUCAAAUAGAACACCUCGAAACUACGGAAGGAGAUUCGGAAGCGAGUGAUCAUUCUUGUGCGAAAGACACUCAGGUUUGUUGCUACAGAGGUAAGGCGUGUAAAAGUUGCAAGCACGGUAGGAAUUGUUUGGAUUGUCGCCGCCACAUUGAUAAAAGAAAGUAUUUGGAAAAGAUGGAAAAGAUUAUGCAGGAGAAUAAGAAAUUGGAAACCAUGCUGGCGAGGAAUAGAAGAGAAGUGGCGGAGAUUCGUGAUAUGCUAAGUAAUAUUUGGUCGGUUAGAAUGGAACCGGGAUUUUAGAUUUGUUAGUUAGAGAAAAGUUUAGAAAGUUAAAUGUGCUCACUUUGGUAGUUAAAAAUGGUUAACUAUAAAUGUGCUCACUUUGGUAGUUAAAAAUGGUUAACUAUAAAGUCAUGCUUCGUGAUAUAGAAGGGUGUAUUUGAAGGAGAAAAUCAAUAUCUUAUAGAAAUUUGGAAUUUCCUAUUUAAACUGAAUCUAUUCUUCUAUUUCAAAGGUUGAAUAUUUUCGAGACUCGGAUUUUGUAAAGUAUACAUCGUCUACUAUGACCAAAAAUAUUUCUACAAACUAUAUGAAAACAACCAAUCUCUUUUAGCAUCUAUAUUUUUAGUUGAAAUAUAAAAAGUAGACGUAAUAUAUAUUUACUUAUAUCUCUGUGCGUGCUGAAAAUGUUACGCCAAAAAAAUAUCACAGCACAGAUCUUUUUAUACAUUUACAUCUUCACUUACAACCCAUGUACUUUCUUUUGUAUACAUUUACUCUCAAUGCGGGUUAUAAGUAGAGAUAAAAAAUAUAAUCUUGUUAUUACAUUCAGAUUUUAUAUUUCUCAAUAUAUUAAACACCAGCACACAGGACCAAAAAAAUAAGUGCAACAUAUUUAUCGUAAUAUUUUGUUUAAGAAUGAGUUAAUGUAUGUUCAUUAUAAUUAAGAUAAAUUAACAAAAGUUACAAUCUCAAAGUGAAUGUAAAAAAUUGAAGAACGGUACCGACGGUACAUCGACGUCAUUGGCUGAAAGAAACACAUUCCCAUAUCUGUCUGUUAAGUUUGAAAUAUGGAAUUAACGUUUGUUGUCUUGUAACUAUAAGUUUGUUAACUGAAUGUCUUUGUUUAACUUGUGAUUGAGAGAUGUGUCAUGGUUUAUUCAUAUUUGAUACUUCUUUUUGGAUAUCAUGUUAUACCGUUUGGAUAGUUUAUUUUUAGUCAGAUUAACAUUUAGCCAGAUAAUACAUAUGCACAAAAUGUUCUUAGGAACAUGAUAAUGGGCAUGAUUAUGAUAAUAAUGGAAGUAUAUGAUAUUUCUGUCACUUUUUUUUUUAAUGAGUAUGUCAAAUAAUUUUGGUAUCAAUAAGCGUUGACCAAUCUCUAUUUCAUACAAGAAAAUUCUAGAAGAUCUAGUCUUCGAUAGAUACCAUCAACAGUGAUAUUUCUAUUUAUUAUCAAUUUCUCAUAAUCAGGAAUAAUGUGAUACCAUAUAUUUCUUGAGCAACUCAUCCGUUUGGAUAUUAAUUAUUUAUAGUUAAGCGGUCAUUUAUCAUAUUUUGACCUAAUAUGAUGACAAUCAGUAUCAAGAGUUGGUAUUGUAAAAAAAUUUUGCAUAUCAACACGCUGAGUGGCACGUAACAUGUGGAUCUGGAAGAAUUCCAUUUAUGGAUAGUUUUACUUACCCAACUAAUUAUGAUCUCGCAAAAUAUUCAUGAUUUACUAAGUAAUAUUACUAAUCGAAUGUAACUCUUGGAAUUGACAGUGUGUUAAAUAAUCUGACUGUAUAUGGCACUCAACGUGUCAGCCCAAAAAAGCACAAAGAUCAAAAUAUACUUCCGUCUUUAAUAAUUCAUAUAUUACAUUCAAUUUCGUGUUAUUAAUUGUUUCAAUUAAUAAUAGCUAUUGUUGGUACGUUUUUUUUAUUAAAAAAUAAACUGACAAUCGAUUUUAAAAUAUAUGAAACAGGAGACAAUUCUUGUGAGAGACGAGAGAGUGCUCUAAAUACUCGGCAUAUUUACACAUUAUCUGAAAAUGCACACUGAAUCUAAAAAUGCAUUCCUUCCGCGAAGAUCGAUCAGAUGUAUACAAAUUAUCCGAUACAUAUACAGUGGCAGAACAUUAUUAUCCAUGAGAACAAUAUUCGGGUAGGAGCAAAAAAGAUAUUGAAUACAUUAAAUUAAUAUGUAUAUUGUUACGAAAUGUAUAUGUCUGUCCAUUUCUUUUUGCAUAAUGCUUAAAAUGCUAACAACAUCGAUUGGAAGUUUAUCUGAUAUUACUAAGUGCGGUUUUAUUCAUUUUUGUUAAGACUUCUGAUCGCUUGCCGCGGUCAUCUUGAUCGAUGACAUCAGAAGUGAGAAAAUACUUGCGGGAUGCAUUGGAAUAAAAGGACAUUCAUAAAACGGCGCUUGUAAUCAAUUGAGAUAGAUCUGUAAAAUAUUACAAACACUUUCCCUUUGUUCUGAUAAUCAAUAAAUAAUUGUAAAAUUAACGUAACCUGUGUUAUGUUUUAGUUACAAAUUUUUGUCACUUUAUCAAUUUCAUAUUUCCCGUUCAAAAACGAAUUUUGCUAAAAAAUUUUUGAACAUGCAUAUUCUCGCUUCUGACGUCAUUAACACUUGCUGGAUGGUGUUUAGAUCUCAGCUCAGACCCAGACACCGUAAUAUGAUCACCAUCAUAUAUGUAUGAACCAUCAAUGUCGCGAGGGUCAGUCAAGAUGAUUGUGUAGAAACAGGUGUCCUAAUUGAUCGUAUCGUCACUUAAUGAAAAAAAACUGCGUUUAAUGAUAUAUGGUCGCGUGAAAUCGUAAUUAACACAGAUAUAUACGACUACUCAACCAAUAUGAUUCAGUACAAAUGGGAAACUUUGGGACACUAUCUUUCACAUAAUAAAUCUCUAAAUGAAAUCUAUCUAUAGUAUUUUUCUGAUUUCUUGCACAAUAUUAAGUGAUGAAGUCUAAAUAAGAUAUGUAUUAUCUACGUAAAAUAUAUAGAAAGUAGUUAUAUAAACAGCGUAAGAGCAUUGUAGAAAGUAAGGUACAAAAUGUAUAAUUGUGGAGAAACUCAAUAAAUAUUUGCCACAAUUGAGUUUCUUUUUUAUAUGUGUUAAGCACGUUUCGUGUCUGUGAAAUUUAUCUCCUAAAGAUACCGCUUGUAACGUUUUGUAGGAAAGAAAUCUACCGAAAAAAACAUUCAAGACAUGCUCUUUUCCUUACCUUGAGCUAUAAAUAUAAUCGUAAAAGUAUGUCGCGAUUCUUGGAGAUCGAUAUGUGUGGUAACGCAACGUCAUAAAUAUAUCAUAAAAUUAAAUUAUGUUCGUGAUAGAGACAAAAAGUUCAUUGUCUCAAUAAUGAUACAAAAGUUCUCGUCUAUAUAAUCGAUUAUUUCAAAAAUCAUGUGAGGGAUAUAAAUGCAGAUUGUUUAAUUACUGGAAGUUCCCUAAUUUUUGUUACAUCUUAAGAUUAAAUGUACACACCAAAACUGGCCCAGCACCGCCCACAGCAGUGGUAUGAACCGUAAUACAUAUGUAUGUAUAUAAUUUGUAGAAUCCUAUAUUCUUUGUGCCACUUGGGUAUCAACUAAUAUUUUUUUUUUAUUCUAAAUCUGAUUGAGAAAAGGAGGAUCAUAUUUUACAUUCACUCCAACUUGUCUUGUUUGAGAAGACUUUAUUAUUUUAUUCUUUUGUUCGUAUUGAAUACUUUUUAGUUUCUAUUACAGUACUGUUAGCAACAGUCCCGGUUCUUAUCUCUGUCUAAGGGCGUGCUCGAAUUGGCCAUAUAGGUCACAAGGCCAAUGUUGCAUAUCUAAACUAGAGUUUAAAUUAUGAAGAGUAGACUAACGAUGUGGCGUCG